GUGUGAUUGGAAAGGGGCGGAGCAUCAGGGAGAGCCUCGCGGACAUAGGCGGUUUGGAGCGGAAAGCGAGAGGUGGAGGGGCGGCUUGGGGCUAAGCGCGCGCGCGCAGUGCAGACGCCAGCUCCCGGCGGUUGAAAUACUCAAGGUGCCCGAAGGCGGGGUGGUGACCUCGCGCGUGCGCUGUUGCCGCGGCGGCGCCGGGUCCCAGCGUGUGGGUUGAGCUUGGCCUCGCGCGGCGCGUGCGCAGUGCAGACGGCGGAGGGAUUUGCGGCCGGGACCCACCCCCUGCUCCAGUCGCUAGCCGAGGCCGCGCGGGUUCCUGAGCAGCGGCCUGGUGCGCUCGCUGCGCGGGCGACGGAAUCAGACGGACGCGGACGCCCCCAGAGUGGAAGCCCAAGCAGGAGCUGUUGUUGCUGAGGGGCCGCCGCAGCCGCCGCGAGCCUCCGGACAGACACCAGAGCUAGGAGGGCGCUGCGCGGCGAACUUGGCAAGAUGACCCAGUUCCUGCCGCCCAACCUUCUGGCCCUCUUUGCCCCCCGUGACCCUAUCCCAUACCUGCCACCCCUGGAGAAACUGCCACAUGAAAAACACCACAAUCAACCUUACUGUGGCAUUGCGCCGUACAUUCGAGAGUUUGAGGACCCUCGAGAUGCCCCGCCUCCAACUCGUGCAGAAACCCGAGAGGAGCGCAUGGAGAGGAAAAGACGGGAAAAGAUUGAGCGGCGACAGCAAGAAGUGGAGACAGAGCUUAAAAUGUGGGACCCUCACAAUGAUCCCAAUGCUCAGGGUGAUGCCUUCAAGACUCUCUUCGUGGCGAGAGUGAACUAUGACACAACAGAAUCCAAGCUCCGGAGAGAGUUUGAGGUGUACGGACCCAUCAAAAGAAUACACAUGGUCUACAGUAAGCGGUCAGGAAAGCCCCGCGGCUAUGCCUUCAUUGAGUACGAACACGAGCGAGACAUGCACUCCGCUUACAAACACGCAGACGGCAAGAAGAUUGAUGGCAGGAGGGUCCUUGUGGACGUGGAGAGGGGCCGAACUGUGAAGGGCUGGAGGCCCCGGCGGCUAGGAGGCGGCCUCGGUGGUACCAGAAGAGGAGGGGCUGAUGUGAACAUCCGGCAUUCAGGCCGCGAUGACACCUCCCGCUAUGAUGAGAGGGACCGGGACCGGGACCGUGAGCGGGAGCGCAGAGAGCGGAGCCGGGAGCGAGACAAGGAGCGAGAACGGCGACGCUCCCGCUCUCGGGACCGGCGGAGGCGCUCACGGAGUCGCGACAAGGAGGAGCGGAGGCGCUCCAGGGAGCGGAGCAAGGACAAGGACCGGGACCGGAAGCGGCGAAGCAGCCGGAGCCGGGAGCGUGCCCGGCGGGAGCGGGAGCGCAAGGAGGAGCUGCGUGGGGGCGGUGGCGACAUGGCGGAGCCCUCCGAGGCGGGUGAUGCGCCCCCUGAUGAUGGGCCUCCAGGGGAGCUCGGGCCUGACGGCCCUGACGGUCCAGAGGAAAAGGGCCGGGAUCGUGACCGGGAGCGACGGCGGAGCCACCGGAGUGAGCGCGAGCGGCGCCGGGACCGGGAUCGUGACCGCGACCGUGACCGCGAGCACAAACGGGGGGAGCGGGGCAGUGAGCGGGGCAGGGAUGAGGCCCGAGGUGGGGGCGGCGGCCAGGACAACGGGCUGGAGGGUCUGGGCAACGACAGCCGAGACAUGUACAUGGAGUCUGAGGGCGGCGAUGGCUACCUGGCUCCGGAGAAUGGGUAUUUGAUGGAGGCUGCGCCGGAGUGAAGAGGUUCUCUCCACCAGCUGUGUUUGGACGCGUUCCUGCCCACCCCCUUGCUGUCAUCCCCUCCCCCCAACCUUGGCCACCUGAGUUUGUCCUCCAAGGGUAGGUGUCUGAUUUGUUCUGGCCCCUUGGAUUUAAAAAUAAAAUUAAUUUCCUGUUGACA